AUGCCCGUAAAUUUUUUCAACAACAUUGUAAAUGUCAUCAGCAGUGACUCAGAGGCUUUACAAGAAGUUCAAGAGGGUGCAAAAAAAUUUUUAAAAGAGAAAAAAAAAGCAGUUUUCGGAUGGAAAGAACCAAGGAAUAAGCGUAUUUUGGGUGACGCGACCAACCUGAUACCUGUACCUGUAGCAGAAGAAAAACGUAAAAACUAUGACGCAAAUAUUAUAGACAUUUCUUCGAAAAGAAUAAAAGUACCAAUUAAUAAUGUAACCACCUUUGAAGCUAGUUCCAAUAUGCAGUAUCUAUUACCACAAAACGCGCUUGCUUGUAUACCACCGAUCCUCAAAUAUUCACCUGAAGCAAAUGUUUGUGAAGCCGUGGACACCAAUAUUUAUUCAAUCUUAAAUGAACUAAUGGGAAUGAAUUAUGAUUUUUCAAGCCGGAAACCUUAUGUCAGUGAGCCUGACUUUACAUGCUAUCAUAAUGAUGACUUGAUUAUGGUAGUAGAAGUUAAGAGAAGAUAUAUUUUGAAGAAGACAAACGAACGAACAUUAUCAGAAUUUUACACAACGAUCAAAUAUAUGGCUACAUGGUAA